GUCAUUACGAAAAAAAUGCCAAAAUGAUUUGCGCGGGAAAAUCCUUUAUCCCUAACCUUUACUCUCGCGGCACACACGAAAUCAGAUCACAAAAGGUUUUGCAAUACCGCAACCAAACAUUUACACUUGUUUUAAUGUUUCCUUAACUAAAUCUUCAUCAUUAACUUAAUAAAAAUGAACGGCAAGGAUAACCGGAGACGAGACCGGAACAAUUACAACCGGAGCUCAAAGAAGCAGAAGCUGAUUCGAAAUGCUGAGGAAGAGCUUGACUCAAAGCUCGGUUUCGACCUCUUCACUGAAGGCGAUAAACGCCUCGGCUGGCUUCUCACUUUUGCAUCCUCAUCUUGGGAGGAUGAAGAAACGCGAAGAGUGCAUAGUUGCGUUGAUCUCUAUUUUGUAUCUCAGGAUGGUUCUGCUUUCAAGUCUAAGUUUAAGUUCCGUCCUUAUUUCUAUGCUGCCACAAAGGAGAAAAUGGAAAUGGAUGUUGAGGCUUAUUUGCGACGAAGAUAUGAAAGUCAAAUUGCUGAUAUUGAGAUUGUAGAGAAGGAAGACCUUGAUCUUAAAAACCAUUUGUCUGGUUUGCGUAAAAGAUAUUUGAAAAUAUCUUUCUCUACCGUUCAACAAUUAAUGGAUGUGAAGAAAGACCUAUCACAUGUUGUUGAAAGAAACCGGGCAAAGUUUGACACUGCUGAUGCAUACGAGUCUUUAUUAACAGGGAGAAGAGAACAAAGGCCCCAAGAUUUUCUAGAUUGUAUAGUCGAUCUUCGUGAGUAUGAUGUUCCAUACCAUGUUCGUUUUGCCAUUGAUAAUGAUAUUCGAUGCGGGCAGUGGUAUGAUGUUAGUGUAUCCAGUAGUGGCGUUAUGCUUGAAAGGAGGACUGAUCUUCUGCAACGUGCUGAAGUUCGCAUAUGUGCAUUUGAUAUUGAAACAACCAAGCUCCCGCUGAAGUUUCCAGAUGCUGAUUAUGAUUUAAUAAUGAUGAUAUCUUACAUGAUUGAUGGACAGGGGUUCUUGAUUAUUAACAGAGAGUGUGUAGGGGAAGAUAUAGAGGAUCUGGAGUAUACUCCAAAACCUGAAUUUGAAGGGUGCGUCAAAGUAACCAAUGUGAAAAAUGAGGUAGAACUUCUUAAACAGUGGUUUGCCCACAUGCAAGAGGUGAAACCUGGUAUUUAUGUUACAUACAAUGGUGAUUAUUUUGACUGGCCAUUUCUGGAAAGCCGAGCAGCUUAUCAUGGGAUCAAGAUGAGUGAUGAGGUUGGUUUUUCUUGCGACAAGAAUCAGGGAGAGUGCCGUGCUAGAUCUGCUUGCCAUUUGGAUUGUUUUGCUUGGGUCAAACGUGAUAGUUAUCUUCCUCAAGGGAGCCAUGGCCUUAAGGCUGUUACUAAGGCAAAAUUGGGUUAUGAUCCAUUGGAGGUCAAUCCAGAAGACAUGGUUCGGUUUGCUAAAGAAAAACCUCAGACAAUGGCCUCCUAUUCAGUUUCUGAUGCUGUUGCUACUUACUAUCUGUAUAUGACCUACGUUCAUCCAUUCAUUUUCUCUCUUGCGACUAUAAUUCCCAUGUCACCAGAUGAGGUUUUACGCAAAGGUAGUGGAACACUUUGUGAAAUGCUUCUUAUGGUGCAGGCAUAUAAGGCAAAUGUUAUCUGCCCUAACAAACACCAAUCUGAACCCGAGAAGUUCUAUAAGAACCACCUUCUUGACAGCGAGACAUAUAUUGGUGGCCAUGUGGAGUGCCUUGAAAGUGGUGUUUUUAGAUCUGACCUACCAACUCAUUUUAAGCUUGAUCCAUCGGCAUAUGACCAACUGAUCGGAAACCUUGAUCGAGACCUUCAAUAUGCUAUAAUAGUAGAGAGCAAGAUGGACUUGGAUUCAGUCUCCAAUUAUGAUGAGGUGAAGAACGCCAUCAUGGAAAAGCUUGUGAUGUUGAGAGAUGAACCAGUUCGUGAAGAGUGCCCUCUCAUUUAUCAUCUAGAUGUGGCUGCUAUGUAUCCCAACAUUAUUUUGACAAACAGGCUUCAGCCGCCCUCUAUAGUUACAGACGAGAUAUGUACUGCAUGUGACUUCAACCGUCCAGAUAAAACUUGUCUCCGAAAGCUUGAAUGGGUUUGGCGUGGAGAAAUCUUUAUGGCAAACAAAAGCGACUAUUAUCAUUUGAAGAAGCAAAUUGAGUCUGAGUUUGUCGAUGGCAUUGAUGGUCAGUUGUCAAAACCAUUUCUUGACCUCCCUAAGGUGGAGCAACAGUCAAAGCUCAAAGAGCGUCUAAAGAAAUACUGUCAGAAGGCAUAUAAACGGGUAAUUGACAAGCCUGUCACUGAACUGCGGGAAGCAGGUAUCUGCAUGCGUGAAAAUCCAUUUUAUGUUGACACUGUCCGCAGCUUUCGGGAUAGAAGAUAUGAAUAUAAAGGACUUAAUAAACUUUGGAAGGGGAAGCUGUCAGAAGCCAAGACUAGUGGAAAUCCCAUCAAGAUCCAGGAAGCACAGGACAUGGUUGUGCUUUAUGAUUCACUGCAACUUGCACACAAGUGUAUACUUAAUUCUUUCUAUGGAUAUGUCAUGCGCAAAGGUGCAAGAUGGUACUCGAUGGAAAUGGCUGGUGUAGUUACAUAUACAGGAGCAAAAAUUAUUCAGAAUGCUCGGUUGCUUGUUGAAAAAAUUGGAAAACCACUUGAGUUGGACACUGAUGGUAUUUGGUGUGUUCUCCCAGGAUCUUUUCCAGAGAACUUUACAUUUAAAACAAAGGACUUGAAGAAAAAAUUAACAAUAUCAUAUCCCUGUGUAAUGCUUAAUGUUGAUGUAGCAAGAAACAAUACAAAUGAGCAAUACCAGACACUUGUAGAUCCUUUAAAUAAGACAUAUGCAACGCAUAGUGAAUGUUCAAUUGAAUUUGAAGUUGAUGGCCCAUACAAGGCAAUGAUUCUUCCUGCUUCGAAGGAAGAAGGUAUUUUGAUUAAGAAGCGUUAUGCUGUUUUCAAUGAUGAUGGUACCCUUGCUGAGCUUAAAGGUUUUGAAAUCAAGCGUAGAGGUGAGCUGAAGCUCAUCAAAGUUUUCCAGGCUGAGCUUUUUGACAAGUUCCUCCAUGGAUCAACUUUAGAGGGAUGCUAUUCAGCUGUAGCUGCUGUAGCCAACCGGUGGCUUGAUCUUCUUGAUAAUCAAGGGAAGGAUAUUGCUGACAGUGAGUUGCUUGAUUAUAUAUCUGAAUCAAGCACAAUGAGCAAGUCCUUGGUAGACUAUGGUCAACAAAAGUCAUGUGCAGUGACCACCGCAAGGCGUCUCGCUGAUUUUCUUGGUGAUACCAUGGUUAAAGAUAAAGGAUUGCGUUGUCAAUAUAUAGUUGCAUGUGAACCAAAGGGAACACCUGUGAGUGAACGUGCUGUUCCUGUUGCAAUAUUUGAAACUGAUGCUGAAAUAAUGAAAUUCUAUUUAAGAAAAUGGUGCAAGACAUCAACAGAUAUAGGCAUUAGAUCUAUCAUUGACUGGUCCUAUUACAAGCAACGACUAAGUUCAGCAAUUCAGAAAAUUAUUACAAUUCCUGCUGCAAUGCAGAAGGUUGCAAACCCUGUCCCUAGGGUAGUUCAUCCAGAUUGGCUUCAUAAAAAGGUCCGUGAAAAGGAGGAUAAAUUUCGUCAGAGAAAAUUGGUUGAUAUCUUCAGGUUAUCCAGCAAGGAAGAUUUUGUAAGGAAGAAUAAUGACACCAUCACUGACAAUUGUAUGAUGGAUGAGGAGAAUGUUGAGGAUUUGGAAGACUUCCGAAACAAAAGCAUUUCUACAAAUGGGCCUAGACCAAUUGUUCAUUGUUAUGCAACCAAUAGUGAAGAACAUUCAGUCAAGGCAACUGGGAGAAUGGAUUCCUCACAUCAGCAAACUGAUAAUGGUGAAAGUGUACAUGAACUGUCUUCAUUGGUGCAACAAACUGCAUCCUCUGGAGAAUCUAUUGACAGAAAUGUAGAUUAUCAGGGGUGGCUUGAAUUAAAGAAGAGAAAGUGGAAAGAUACUCUCGAAAGGAGGAAGAGACAAAGGUUGGGAAAUCUGAGGAAUUCAAGUCAUGCUAAUGGUGAUUUUGAGCCAUUAAGCAGUGUGAUAAAUCGUAAGAAAGCUCAGAGCAGAACUGGUGUUGGUUCAUAUUUUACAACACAUGAAAUAGCCCUAACACGAUGCCACUGGCAGAUCAUCCAGCUGUUUCCAGGCUCACAUUGUGGCGAAUUUUUUGCUUGGGUGGUUGUGGAAGGAAUCAUGCUCAAGGUUCCUAUAACAGUUCCAAGAGUAUUUUACCUCAACUCCAAAGCACCUAUAACAGAAAAAUUUCCUGGAAGACGUGUGAACAAGACACUUCCUCAUGGAAGGCACAGCUAUAACCUAGUUGAGGUUAUCAUAGAUGAAGAUAAAUUUAAAAAAGAAAGCAAAAAGCUAGCGGCUCUUCUUGCAGAUCCAGAAGUUGAGGGAAUAUAUGAAACAAAGGUGCCAUUAGAGUUUAACGCCAUACUUCAGAUUGGUUGUGUCUGCAAAGUAGAUAAAACAGCUAAGAAACGUAAUGCUCAGGAUAGAUGGAGUCUGAAUGAACUGCAAAUGAAGACAACAACAGAAUGUUCUUAUUUGGAGCAAUCAAUCUCCUUCUUUUACCUGUAUCAGAGCAUCUCUGAAGGACGUGCUGUUGUUGUUGUCUACUUGCCUUUUUUAAGAACUGUCUCUGUUGUGGUUGUCAAUCCUUAUCAAAAUAAGGAUUUAUCACCAUCUUUUCUUGAAAGACAGUUCCGUGAAGCUUGCAUUGCAUUGUCUGUUGAACCACCAACACCUAGGAAUGCUAUUGUUUUCAAAGUGGAUUAUGUUGGACAUGUCAAGGAUGCUGAGAGGAUUUUACAGGGAACAAUACGAGAAGUCAGAGAUAAACACCAUGGACCUACACUUGCUGUCAUUGAAUGCCCAAAUGAUCAUUUGAUGAAGUCAGGCAUACCAGCUCUUGAUAAUUUCCCUUGUGUGAGGAUACCUUCCAACGCUCGUGACAGUCAGUAUCAGGUCCUUGGGUGGCAACAAGCGGCUGCAAAAACUGCAAUGCAACGUUCUGCUGCAUCAUCUCAGUGGUUGAAUGAAAGGAUUACUCUCUCAAGAUAUGCCCACGUACCUUUGGGAAAUUUUGAACUUGACUGGCUUAUAUUUACGGCAGAUGUUUUCAUCUCCAGAGCAUUACGAGAUCAGCAACAGUUGCUUUGGAUAUCUGAUGACGGUGUUCCUGAUCUAGGAGGGAUUAGUGAAGAAUCUUCAUGUUUUGCAGAUGAGGUCCAUCAACCUAUCCUCACAUACCCUGGAGCAUAUAGGAAAGUUUCUGUGGAAUUGAAGAUUCAUCACCUGGCUGUAAAUGCUCUGCUGAAAAGCAGCCAAGUGAAUGAAAUGGAAGGAGGUGCCUUAUUAGGAUUUGACCAGGACAUGAGUUCUGGUUCACACAUUUGUGAACAAUAUGGCGUUGAUGAGGCUACCUCAUCUGCACCUGCAUUGCGUGUCCUGAAACAGCUGAUCCAGAGGUGUCUUGCAGAUGCAGUUACAUCGGGAAGUGUGUUCGCUGAUGCACUAUUGCAACAUCUUUAUCGAUGGCUGUGCAGCCCUCAAUCAAAGCUUCAUGACCCAGCUCUUCACCGUGUACUCCACAAGGUCAUGCAAAAGGUGUUUGCUUUGCUUUUGGCUGAAUUUCGCAAGUUAGGUGCCACAAUCAUUUUUGCAAAUUUUUCAAAAGUUAUCAUAGACACAGGAAAGUUCAGUCUAUCUGCAGCAAAAGCUUACUGUGAUAGCUUGCUCAAAACUUUGCAAACUAGAGAACUAUUUGAAUGGAUUGAGCUUGAGCCAUUGCAGUUUUGGCAUUCCUUGCUUUUCAUGGAUCAGUAUAACUAUGGUGGAAUUCCAGCUAGAGCUGAUGAUAUUUCACACAGUGAAUCUCAAGGGGCGCAUUCCCAGAGACAAGAGUCACAAGUGGAUAUUGUAUCAAGCUGGAAUAUUGCUGAAUACUUACCCAAGACAAUUCAGGACCAUUUUGUCUUGAUUGUCUCAGAAUUUAUGUUUAUUCCCUGGGAAUAUGCACAAAAGCAAGAUGCAAACAAAGCAUCUUUGCAGGAUGUCAGCUCUUGUACUCCCUCAAUCACCAUAUCAGCUGCUGAGACAUAUGAAUCACACAUAGUGGAAUAUCUUAAAGGGCAGAUCAGCACUUACUUCACAGACAAACUCCUAGGAAUUGUUCGUGAAACUGUUCUUCAUAUGAAGGGGAUUAAUAAGUCUGAAAAUGAUCAACCAUCAUCUGGUUUCCCACAAGUUGCUGGUAACAUUCAUAAAAGGGUUCCCGCAUUGGAAUUUAUUAAGCAUGUCUGUGCUGUUCUGGUCCUUGACCUCAACGUGCAGCAUGAAGUUCUGGUGAUGAGAAAGAAUCUAUUAAAAUAUGUAAGAGUGCGGGAGUUCGCUCCUGAAGCUGAGUUUCAUGAUCCCUGCCCUUCAUUCGUCUUGCCAAAUGUAAUUUGCAGCUACUGCAAUGAUUGCAGAGAUCUAGAUUUGUGUCGUGACACAGCUCUACUGGCUCAAGAGUGGCGCUGUGCUGUCCCACAGUGUGGCCAGCCUUAUGACCGGGAGGGAAUGGAGAAUGCUCUUCUUCAAAUUGUACGGCAGAGGGAACGUCUAUAUCAUCUGCAGGAUCUAGUGUGCAUUAGGUGCAACCAGGUCAAAGCCGCACAUCUGGCAGAACAGUGUGCAUGUGCAGGAGCAUAUCGAUGCAAGGAAGAUGUGUCUGAAUUUCGCUCCAAAAUGCAGAUUUUCUUAAAUGUUGCCAUUUCUCAGAAGUUUCAACUCCUUCAAGAGUGUACUUCAUGGAUAUUAGAAGUGCACUAGCAGCUGGUCUUUAACAUUUCAUCAUGUUCAUAGCAUUGAACUGGGUACGGCUGUGUGUCAAAGGGACAAAUGUGCAGCAGGGAAGAGAAUAUUGGUAAGUACUCAUCUGCAAGUCAAAUCCAGAUGAAUGCAACUUGGAAGCAUCGAAUGAUGGGGAAAUGGCAGUCUGAUGAGGUGAUAAUAUUCUCUGCGAUGGUAAAAUUUUCGACUUGGCGAUCGUAUUGGUAAAAGCUUCAUUGCUGAAGCAGUUAAUGCAAGCAGGCCGAAUGCUUCCAUCGCUUGAUCAGAUUCUUAGCAGCAAUGGCAUACAUUGAAGGCAACCCAUUUAAGGGAGAAACUUUCAGAGGCUCCUGAACACAAUGUUCUUUCUACUUUCCCUCUUCCCAAGAAUAUGUUAGUGGAAAGAAAGGAUGGGAGGGAUUAUACAUGUAUCAUCAUAGUAAUUAUAUUGAUUACAAAUUAUUUGAUGUAUAUUGUCCAAAUUGUAGAUAAAUUUUCCUCUUUUUGACAUUGAUGAUUCAAAUUACUUCUACAUUCCCUGUACAAUCCCUUGAUUCUUUUCAGAAAUAUAAUAUAGAUAGGUAGUCACAUUAUUAA